AUGACGAAUAAUACUAAUAACACUAAUACCGAUAAGAAGAAGACAAACCCAGAAGAAGAAUUAUACUACUGCGAGAAAGAGUUACGCGCGUUGGGAAAAUCACUGGAAUGUUGCGUGUGCAUACGGUUGAUGGAAUCGCCUUCACGAACGAGAUGUGCGCAUUACUUUUGCAAAAAGUGCAUAUUAGACUGCGCGAAAGCGAACGGGAAGUGUCCUUUGUGUAAAUCCGACGUGAGCAGAAGAGAAGUGAAACCAGACGCGAUGAUGACGGAGAUGAUUGAAUUGUAUAAAAAAUUAGUCGUGAAAGUUGUUAAAGAAGAAGAAGAAGACAAAGAAGAGGAAGAAGAAAAGAAGAGGAGAAGCGUGCCGUACAUGUCGCAACUGCCGAUAACGCAAAACACAUAA